AUGGCGACGAGAAUGCGGAUUGGUGCAGAUGAAAUCAGUAGCUUGCCAGACAAUUUAAGAGAGCAGAUCCUGAUGUUUUUACCAUUACGGGAAGCAGCCAAGGCCAGCAUCCUUUCAUCUGGAUGGAGGAAGAUCUGGACCCGACUCCCAAAGUUUGUCUUUGACGAAAGCUUUUGUCAAACUAAUUUAGAAGCCAAAGGACAAGACCAGAUUGCAGAGAUGAACAAACUAAUGUUCAAACUCUGCACAGUUCUGUUGCUUCACCGCGGGCCUUUGCAGGAGCUUUCACUCUCGCUUCCCAUAUUAAGGAGCUUCCCGGCUCAGAUUGAUCAGAUCCUGCUGUUUCUUCAAGAAAAAAGGCAUUGA